AUGUCCUCCACCCCGAACCCCGUCCCUCGACAUGAUCCCCCCAACAUCCCCCCCAGCACACUCUGCACCACCCACGCCUACCACAGCCCGACCCGCCUACGCCGCCUCUACUACGACACCGACCCCAACAAAACACCCUACCUGUACAUCACCAACGUGCCCCCGACCCUCAUCACCCAAUCCCUCGAACAAGACCGCUUCGUGCAAACCAAAGCCCUCAUCACCUACGACUACCCCUCCCGCACGCUAAUCAUGAAAGGCCACCCUCGUCGACAGGAACUAGCCAAGGAGAUCUUUAAUAGCGAGUUUCUGAUGUUCAGAUAUGGCAUGGGCCGUUGGGCCCUCGUGCCACAUGGUUCUGCGACAGUGGCAGAUGGAGAUGUUGUGAAAGAACCGAAUUUGAGUUGGCAGCCCUCGGGGCGGAGUAGGAAAUGGCCGAGUCUGGUGUUUCAUGUUGGGUGGCCCGAGGGGAGGGAGUAUUUGAGGGGGGAGGCGAGGUUGUGGUUGGAGUGGAGUAAGGGGGAUGUGAAGGCGGUGGUGUUGAUGGAUGUGGAUAAGGAGGGAUUGGGGAUUGAGAAGUGGGUGGUGGGUGAGGAGGGAGUGAGGAUGGAGCAGCGGGUGGAGGUGAGGAAGGUAGAGGAGGAGGAUGGGGAUGGGGGUGAGAUGGGGUUGGUUGUGCGGGGAGGCCCUUUUGUGUUGACUUUUCGGGAGGUUUUUCUGAGGGAGCCGGAUCCGGAGAAGGAGAAGGAGAAGGAUUGGGUGUGGGGAGUUGAUGAGAUUAAGGAGAGUAUGGGCCUUGUUUGGCGGUAUGGUGAGGACUGA